UUUCAUGGCUCAACUUCACAGCUUUCCCAAGAAACAAUCAUGGGGUACAUGGGAGGAGCUUUUACUUGCCUGCGCCGUUCAUCGUUACGGCAGCGACAGUUGGGGCUCCGUUGCCAUGGAACUCCAGAAGCGAACUUCCACGCUCCAACCCCUCUCUUUUACUCCCCUCUCUUGUCAACACAAGUUUGAAGACCUUAAACGCCGUUUCGCUGUAAACGGCGGCGACGACAAAAAUACUGAUAACAUCUUCACCGCUGCCGUUCCUUGGCUUGAUGAGCUACGAAAACUCCGCGUCGCUGAACUACGCCGCCAAGUCCAACAAUAUGAUCUCUCCAUCGUAUCCUUGCAAUUGAAGGUGCAGAAACUGAAAGAAGAGAGAGAACAUAGGUUGAUAGAGAACGGAAAAGAAACUGGAAAAUCGGAUCUGAAGAGAGAGAAGGAAAGCGAAAAGAUGGGAGAAGAUAAUAAACCGGAGAAUAAAAUACGAAGACAGAUUCAUGGCAGGAAAGAGACCGACCGGGAGAAUCAUUCGGUAAACGAAUCUAAUUUUACAGUUCCGAAAGAGAAGAGUCCGGGAACCGGGCCGGAGGAAGUGAAAUUUAGACCGGAUGAAUAUGAAAUGGCGAAGGUGGUGCAGAGCAUGAAGCCUGCGGGCGGAGAUUCCUGCAACGGCAGCUCUGGUAGUGUGGCGAAGGAAUCGGCUGAAAACUCAGGGCGAGUUGACCCGAGGGAAACCGGUGAAUCGCCGGAGUCGAUGGCCGAAUCUAAGGGAGAAGAACCUAAUAGAGAGAGCAGCGAUGUCCAGAGCACGGCGAGCCUGUCCGUCAAGGAAAACAAAAAUGCUGAACCGUAUAAUGAGGAGUUGGAGCAAUCUCCCGCCAUCAAGGAGGUUUCCGCUGAAUCUGGGCCGUUGAUAGAGCUCCUCGAGAUCUUCCGGUCUCAUAAGGUCGGCUCACUUUUCGAGCGCCGACUCGAAAUCCAGGAAGAUUACCAUAAGUUGAUCCGGCAACAUCUUGACUUGGAGACAAUUCGCAUAAGGCUUGAAGAUGGCCGCUAUUCAGGAUGCAAAAGCAAGUUCUUUAGAGACUUGCUGUUGCUUUUAAGCAAUGCCAUUGUUUUCUUCGGCAAGCAAUCCUCGGAAUUCGCUGCAGUCGUCGAGCUUCGACAACUUGUCUCGAAGGAGAUUGCUGCCCACGUUCCUAAUUCAAACCUACUGCCCAAGGAACAAUCGUCUACUCUGCCUGAAUCCCAGAUAACUUGGAAACCAGAACCUGAACUGUCGCACUCCUUGACAAUGAAAACUAAACUAUCGGUCCCACUCAUUGCUUGCCGCAAACGCAGCUCAAUUGCCGCAAAAUCAUCAUCAUCUUCUGGACAAGAGAAAAAGAGGCAGCCGAUUUCGUCGUUAAUGAACGAGAAACCAGCUCUAGAUUGGAAGCAGGAUGAUAAAUCGACCGAGAAAGCCGAGGAAACUCUUGCAACAAAGAAGAGAACGAGAGAACGAUCUGCCUCGGGUGCGAGAAAAGCAAACAAAGAUGCAAAGGCCCUGAAUAAUACCAAAACCAGCAAGAGCUCAGAUUCCAUUACCACUGCGAGCAAAGGCGGAUCAUCAAGUGAGAACUCGGAAUCCAAAGGGGAGUCAAAGGUCGAGAAGGAGAAGACCAACACAAAUGUGAGUUUGAAGAAGCGAAGCGCAGCGAAUUUCUUAAAUAGAAUGAGGAGUAAUGGGGAAUUGACGGAGAUGAUUAGUGCUGAUAACGGUAAAGGAGGAGAUGCAGGCGGGAGAAAGAAAAGCAGCGGUGGCAAAGGUGAUCAACAGAAGGAUGGAAGUUCGAAAUCACGGACACGGUCGGGUGGAAAAAGAAGGAAAGAGAAGGGAGGCCCGGUGAAGAGGAGUACAGGACGACCGCCAAAGGGGGUGGUGGCACCAUCGCCUGCCGGCCAAUCGGGUCCUGGUAAACGUGUGAGGGAAGCUGUUGAGAAUUAUUCUGGUAGUGGACAUGCAAAGAAGCGUUCAAAAAAAUGAACAGUUCCAGGUAUUGAUUUUA